CUAGUGCACACAUCUCUAUCGCCCGGCCUUCCACAUCUGCCCAAUGAAUCAGGAGCGGAUGCGAUGUAUCCUUUUUCAGUGGAGUGAAUGGCCAAUGGGAGUUGGCUUGUCGAGCAAACACUGAGCCCUGCGUUCCCAUUCAUUCAGUGCUGAACAGGCCCGCAGAGCUGGAGAGAGCGCACCGCCGUCUGAGACCCGACGACGCUUUUUGCACAAGAGCGCAGAUUCCCCGCAACAAUAAGUAACAACCAGAACUUCAACUGAGCUCUCCGAAGAUACUCGAAGAGAAGAAAACUCUUGGAUAUAAGCUCGAUCGUCUUUAAAUUUUAAUUCUCCGAGACGUUGUUUUUCGCUAUUUUUUUAAUUCUACAACAAUUCCUACGGGACUUCUAUUACUGGGUUGUCUUGCCUAGAGAUCGGCCUCCAAGUGCGCAGCAGUUCUCCGGGUUGCCUUCCUUCCCUCCUUGCUCCAUCAGUACUCCUUCGUGGAUUUUAUUUUUGUCCUCUCCUGGAACGAAUGCAUGCGUAACCCGCGCAGAACUUUUCUUUAAAACUGACCAAGAAAAAAGGGAAUAACGCAAAGGGAUACACUCGCACUUGGAUUAACAGACUGUGAAUGUAUACCUCAUAGUCUACGUUUGGACAUUGCCCCCUUCCUUUUGGAUGGAGUUUUGGUAGGCUAUUUGGUUGAUGGAUUCGACGUUAUGGAUGAUUGCAUAUAGGUUUUCCGAUGCAUGCCAAGUCCACGGUGAAUGUCGGAAGUGGUGAUCCCCCCAGAUGGAGCUCCAAAGUCAACAUGGCCCCGGCGGUUCAUUAGUGGUGAUCCAGCAGCCUUCCCUAGAGAGCCGGCAGAGGUCGGAUUACGAGCGGGAGCUCCAGCAUGCCGCCAUUCUCUCCCUGGACCAAAUCAAGGCCAUCCGCUCCAACAACGAGUACACUGAGGGGCCCUCGGUGGUACGGAGGCCCCCUGCACCCCGCAUGGCCCCUAGGCCCCAGGACAAACAGGAGAGAACUCACGAGGUCAUCCUCGUCAAUGUGAACAACAAUUAUGAGCACCGGCCGUCAGGUCAUCACCAUCAUGUCGGGGGCGGCAUGGUGGUUGUGGCCGGGGGACAGCAGUAUGGCGGGUCCCGGGCACCGGGGCUCAGCCGCUCCACUAGCACAGGAAGUGCCGCCAGUUCAGGGAGCAACAGUAGUGCCUCCUCUGAGCAGGGACUCUUGGCACGCUCGCCCCCCACCAGGCCCGGCACGAACUUACAGCACCACCAAAGAGCAGAGCGGCCUGUUAGGACUCAGCCCAAGCCCAAGGCCCUUUUACAGCCCCAGCAGGGACCUCACUUCCACCAGCCUCCACUAGAGGCUCCACUCAAGCCCCCGGGCAAAGGGAAAUCAGACUUUUCUGGCUCUGGCAACGGGGUGGUGGCUGCUGCCGGGCACCAGUUCAUCUGUGAGCGUUGUGGGAAGUGCAAGUGCAGUGACUGCACGGCUCCUAGGAGCCUGCCUUCAUGUCUGGCGUGCAACGGCCAGUGCCUUUGCUCUGCUGAGAGCGCGCUGGAGCACGGCACGUGCAUGUGCCUGGUCAAAGGCAUCUUCUACCACUGCUCCAAUGAUGAUGAGGGGGACUCGUGUGCUGACCACCCCUGCUCACUGUCACGUUCCCACUGCUGCUCUCGUUUCCUGUGCAUGGGAUUAAUGUCGGUACUCUUCCCCUGUCUGCUAUGCUACCCGCCUGUCAAGGGGUGUCUGAAGGCGUGCCAGGGCUGCUACGACCGGGUUAACAGGCCCGGCUGUCGCUGCAAGAACUCCAACACUGUCUAUUGCAAACUGGAGAACUGGCCCCCACAGACCCAAGAAAAACCUUCCUGAUCACCCCUGUGUGUUUGUGAUUGCGUGUGCACAGGAGACUCUUGAUGUGGAUCUUAUGAUGACAAUGAUAAUGAUGAUGAUAGUCACAAAUUAAUGUUUAUCAAACAUUCUAAGCACCUCCCACCUGCCUCCCCUCCUCGCUGCGGAACCCUAAGGAGCUAAGCAAAGGAGUAACGAAAACCACUCAAUUUUUAUUUUUAUUUUUUUCUGGAUCAGGACCAUGUUUUUACAGACCAGUGUUUGCCUUAACUGUUUCUAUGUCUAUCCUCAGCUCCUCAUUAACACUAUUUUUUUUAUAUAUAUAUGAAAAAGUUUUUCUUCCGUUUUAGGUAGGCAGCUUCCUCUGGGUUUUCUGUGCCCAGUAGGAGCUGCCUCUUACCAAAUCUGUGAAGGACGAUCUACUAUAGGGCAAUUAUGUAGCUGUUACCUGUUAUUCAUAGCAAGCAGGUAUGUUUGAAUUAUUGGUUGCUACCACACUAAAACCGUGGUUCCUAUGCUCAUGUUGCAUUAACGAAAGCACAUCCAUCUCAUAGUAUUUUUUUUUUCCACUUGGAUAUGUUUCUCUUCUUCCACCCAUCUGAAUUCUUCAUACACAUUCUGUGGCAUUCUCCCAUGUUUUGUUUUCUUUAUUUUGUGUAAAUUGUAUGCUCAAAAUCCAUAAGAGGAAUUCUGGCUAUUUUUUAAAGAAAAAUGUCUGUUAAAACAUUUUUUUUGUUGUAAAAAAUAUUUAUUAUGUGAAGCUCUAUUAUUUUAUGAUAUUUAUUGCAAGAGACAGUCUUAAAUUUACUCAUGUCUGAAUAUAACAAAAUAUCAAAUACUUACUGAAAAAUUAAAGGGUGGCACAAAAGAAAACUAUGUUAACUUUA